AUGGUGUCUCAAGCAUCUUCAGUUGGAGAAUUGAUAAGAGAAGAAGCUAAUUCAAUCAACAGUCGAUCGAUUACAGAUCCGAACAGUCCAUACUACCUGCACUGUGGUGAUAACACAGAAAGAUUUAUUGAUGGAACGAUCACUGAGCCUGAGUCUGAUGAUCCGUUACAUAGUACCUUGAGAAGAUGCAACCACGUGGUGUCUUUGUGGAUUAUCAAUUUCAUUCCAAAUGAGCUCUAUCCUAGUGUGAUGCACAAGGAUUCAGUUAGAGAAAUAUGGAUUGAGCUGAAGGAUCGUUAUAGGCAGGAUCAAGUUAUGCAAUUCCUAAUGGGCUUGGAUGAACAUUACUCUGGAGUAAGGAGUCGAAUCUUGUUAAUGGAUCCUCUUCCACUUUUGAAUAAAGUGGUUGCACUGAUUUUGCAAGAUGAAAGGCAAAAGAAGAGAAAGGAUAAGCUUAUUUGCAGUCACCGUGGUAUUGCUAGACAUAUUAAGGUAAAGUGUCUCAAAAUUGUUGGAUAUCUUCCUGGACAUCGAUUUUUUGGAGGCAUAAAUGUUGUAGCCAAUGCUGUUGGACAAUCUUCUGAUAGUGGUUCACAAACUGUAAUGGAGUCUUUUUCAAACCUCACAAUCACUCCAGAUCAGUGUAAAGAAGUUCUGGUAAUGCUGAUGCCUCAAUUGAUAGGGCAAAUAACUAAUGUUCCUCGAAUACAAACUCAGUCACAGCCUCAGGAUACAUCAAGACCUGGCUAUUCUGUACCAAUGCUUUCGCAUUUUCAGGACCUUUUGACAUGGAAGAUGAUUGGAAUGGGCAAACUUGAAAAUGGACUAACAACGACCUUGAUUCUUGAAAAUAAGACACCUUAUGAGAUGCAACAUCAUCAUAUUCACAUCUCAAGGUAUUUGAAUGCCUCUGCUAUGCUUCAAGUAUCAAAAGAAACCGUACCAAAUUCGACCCUAGAGCCAUUCCUUGCGUCUUUCUUGGCUAUUCUUACGGCAUGA